AUGGGGAAGCAGGGACAACACAAGGGUUAUUACUGCGUGAGAGACUUCUUCUUCUUCUUCUCAUCACCGAGCAGGAGCAGGUUUGACUACACAAACGGAGGGAGCGUGUCAGUCCAGCGUCGCGAGUCUCAGGGUCACGGGGACCCCGGUCGGAGAGACGGCCCUCAACGCGAGCGGCCGCACAAGCCCCACUGCGCGAGCCUUCGGGUCUCAGAGACCCACACCGAAGAGACUCCCCAACGCGUGCAUCCCAGGCGUCCUACGUCACACCGGCGCGCAACUUGGAGCGGGUGUGACGAAUGCAUCUGCAAUGUCAUCGACUUUUCCCACAAGGCGUCUGUGGCCCUGCAGUCUGACUGGUCUCUGGUCUUCAGCGGUGAGACAAUCACUGUCCGGUGUGAGGUCCCUACAGAUGUACUGACUGAGUGGGAGUAUGAAUGGACCAAACCCAACUCAACUACGGUUCCAACACACAAUGAAUACAGGAUUGUCAAUGCGUCCUCGUCCGACUGUGGAAGCUACAGGUGUUUGGCUAAAGACAAGAAGAACUUGAAUUCCACGACCGAGUGGAGCGAUGACGUCACAUUAACAGUUUCUGAAAGACCAGCGGCUAACCUGAGUGCUGACCACAGAGCCUUUCCAGUAGGGGGCAGUGUGCUCCUGACCUGCUCCGUGGGCCCAGCCUCACCUGGAUGGAAGUAUUAUUGGUACAGAGGUGAGAAAACCUCGGAGCCCCUGACGGAUGAGGAUUUCAAGUCACAUGGACAAAGUGCUAGUGCCUCACGUGAAGGACUGUACUGGUGCAGAGGAGGAAGAGGAGAUCCAGUUCAAUACACCCAGUACAGUAACUCAGUCAGGAUUCAUGGAAUCGUCCACAACAGAGCUGCUGCGACUCUUCAACCCAACUGGCCGAACAGAUACAGAGGAGAAGCCAUCACCCUGAGGUGUGACAUCCAGGGAGGAGACUCUGAGUGGGAGUAUGAAUGGACAGCAACCAGCUCACAUGCACCUCCCAACACAAAGGAGUUCAGGAUCAGUCUGGGGUCAGAUCUGAGCGGCACCUACUGGUGUCAGGGCCGACUGAAAGGUGCACGGCAGAACUGCACAGGAUGGAGUGUUCCCCUCACGUUGCCUAACGCGGCUGCACCACGACCUGUCGUCACUGUGUCUGCGUCAUGGCUGACUCCUGGAGCCUCCGUGACUCUCACCUGUGGGGGGGGUCCACAUCCCACUGCAGGGUGGAGGUUCUACUGGCACAGAGCUGACCCCAUUACUUUGGAUCCAAAGUUCAGUUAUGAGCUGCUCCCAGGAAGCGACGGAGGAACUGAACAAAACUCCUUCGUCAUCCAAGGCCUGACGGAGUCAGCAGGUUAUGCAUGUCAAGCUGGAAGAGGAGACCCCGUGUUUUACACUGAGUACAGUGAGAUAAAGUGGGUGUGGUCUGGAGAUUCCUAUUCGUCAGUGUCUCUCACAGUGAGUCCGGACUCAGUGCAGGACUUCUAUCGUGACCAAAUCCGUCUGACCUGCGAGGGAAACUCUGAUAAGUGGAGAUUGUGGCUGUUUUAUGAAGACGAAGCACUAAUGUCAGAUUGCAAGUCUCAGGAGACAAUCACAAGCUUCACAUGGACCUUUCAUCAUCUCCCUUCUGGAGUUUUCUGGUGUGGAUCUGGAUCAGAGAUCAGCAACGCAGUCAACAUCACUGAAGUUCUCGCUGAUGUUCUCCUGGAGAGCCCUGCCCAUCCUGUGACUGAGGGACAGUCCGUUACUCUCAGUUGCUUAUGGUCCGGAACAAACCUCGAUUCCAACAUCUCUUUCUACAAAAAUGGUGAACUUCUCCAAAGUGAUGUCAGAAGGGAACUGGAAAUCUCAUCUGUGUCAAAGUCAGAUGAAGGUUUCUACAAGUGUGGACAUUCAGGAGUCUUCUCACUGGAGAGUUGGAUUGUUGGUUCUAUGUUUGUCCACGUCAUGGAUCUUUCUUUGCUCCUCACUGCUCCUCGUCUGAUCAUUGACUCCUGCAGCACCUCCCUCUACGUCUCCUGUGCCGCUGGUCGUUGGGCUGGUUGGAGGCUUCACACUGAUUCUCCUCCUCUCGCUGCUGCUGUUGUGUUGGUGCAGGAAUUCAAAGAGUGA